GCUGUGCGGUUUUAAAAUGGUUACACGAGCAAUGGAUUAACCCAUCAAACCCUUUUUUACAACAAUUUUUGAGCGAUUACCACGGAAAACCCGUUAGUUAGCGUCUCUAGGACAUUAAAGUUCAUUAAAAUUCUCAUGGUAGCCUUGUGAUCGACGUAAUCAGCCUGAUAGAGGUGGUAAAUUCAUAGUGACGGUGUGGACAUAACCUCAACAACGAGAUCAACGGCUUCAUCAAUGCUGGAUUCAGCGGGCGAAAGGGGAUUCUGAUUUGUUUGGAAUUAUGAAUGACCUGGAGGACACACACUGCGAGGUUCGCAGAUCGGUGGAUCUCCAGCUCUCCCCCCUCUCCCCAAAUGCCUCCCUCGAGGAUGACGCCUCACCACCCCACUCCCCCUCCCCCUCCUCGACCCAGGGUGGAUUUUGCCCAGACACCCACUACGCCUACCUCACCUGUCGCUCGCGCCUGACAGUCUUCAACACUCGAACGGGUGCGAGCAUCUCCUCCUGGACAUUUCGCCACCGAAUAUCCUCAGUCUCCCCGUUUCCCUCCCCCCCAGGUCACAUUCCCCUCCUCCUAGUGGGUCUGGACAACGACGCGCCCCGUCUACGAGACUCCCAAGGGCUGAUUUGUGUCUUCGACAGCACGAUUUCUCAAGUUCUGCGUGCGAUAAGAACCCCAUCAGGUGUUGAGCACCUCUGCAUCAUCACGGGGGGUGCCAGCUGGGAGUAUCUAGAUGACAAACGUGUGGAUGUUCUCCCUGGGUCCUCUGGACUGGCCUGCGCAGCCCUCAGGAACCUCGACCACUUGGUAAUCGAUCUUCGUCGCACCUCCUGGGAGGACCUCCGGACUUAUCCGCUUUACGAUGAGGCUAAUCCCGCGGAUUUGGAGACCUCAGACCCAUCGACAACCCUGAGGCAUCGGAAUCGCGAGCGUCACGCCUUCCACAAUCUCAUGUCUACGAGAAUCGAGAGGUACAUCUCCUUCAAACGAGAGGAUUUCGAGUCAUCCCUCCUGCAGGAUCCCCUCACAACAUUCCUCACCUGUUCCCGAAAGAUAGGCUGCAUAAUCUCCGGAUGCCUGGGCCACGUGAUCCUGUGGCAGCUCGAUGGAAUCGUGAGAUGGAUCAGCCCCCCCCUGGAAGACAACAUCCUGAUAAGUCAUCUAGCCCUGCUAGAGCCCACUGACGACCCCAGGCCCUUCUGCUACCUCUGGGUGGCCCACCAGGACGACACCCUGGUGUCCCCAGUGCUCAGAAUGUUCGCAAUGCUCUUCGAACGAAAGUACUUGUACAGAGGAUCCAAUCAGUACUUCAAUCUCGAGGGAGAGCCUUCGAUAAAACUGGAGCUGGACCUCGAGGAGGGAUCCAGGGUGGUCAGCCUGUGUCCCAUCCCCAGGGACAGCACCCUGGAGACAGAAUCAGGGACAAAAACGCCCGAGGACAGUCUCUUGCUCAUCGGUACAGAGGGGAGAACCUUUUUAUUUGAUCUGAAUCAGUGGUACAAGGAGCAGAUGCCAAGGACUCUUGGGGACUCCACGAAUGUCGAUGCUAUUUUAUCGGCCUACUGCACCAGAACUGAGGGACAAUCACCGGAGAAUUUUGUCGUCAGCUGCAGCCACGUGCCAUCGACUCUCAAGGAAUUCCCAGCAGCUGGACAAGGCUCCCCAGAGGAGUUCUUUUUUCCAAACUCAUUGUCCUUGGAGUGGAGUGAGUUGGGGACUGCUAGGAUAACAACCUGGAUGACACGAGGAGUUCAGUCGCAGUUGCUGAGGGAAAUGUCCCUGUCGGGGCCUGUGAUAAUGCUGCAUCCAGCUGAUACAUUUCACAGAUGUGUGGCUGUUGGUCUGAUUCCCUUCAGUGGGGAUUCCUCGUUUAACAGUGAUCCUGACUCCCAGAGGGACUCACUGCUGACCCUCUGUCUGGAGCAACGCUGGACGACUUUUCUCCUGAGGUGUGUCAGGGACUGGAGUGAUGGGAGUGCUGCUUAUCUCUUCCCCUCGUUCAUCAGGUGGGCUGUCCAGAGAGCUUCGACCAUUAAACUCAUGGCACACAGACUCUGCAUUCCCCUGUUUGAUCAGUCGGGGAGCAGCAUUGGGGAGGCCGAGGUCAGGACUCUGAGGUCUUUCUGCCAGCAAAUGGAGUGCCUAUCCAAUGUUGUGGAGAAUCUGCCAGUGGCCACUCAGGACCAGGACACGCAGCAACGAACUUUGAAGAGGAUCACAAUCUAUCUUCAGGUACUCCUGUGGUUCCUCGACGUAGGUUUGUUACCAGAAUCGCAGGACAUGGACGAGGAGUCCCUGCCCAUUUCCAUAGUCCUCAGGAUUCCCUACCCAGCAGAUCGACUGAUCUCCAUUUACCAAGAAAAACGAGAGAGGUACAAGAAGGAGGGAGUCAAGAAAUCCGAGAAAGAGGAGGAUCUCUUCAUCGACGAAUUAAUCAGUCGCGACUGCAGUGGACUGGUUUCCCAAUGGGAGCGAGAGGCCACAGAGACGGUGUCUGACGGUAGAUACCCUCCCCCAUCCCUCCAAUCCCUGUUAAGAAGCAUUCUAACUGACUGCUACCACCGUGACACCAAUGAAAUGGAGAACAAGCACCAGAUUAUCAUCUACCUGCUGAUGGACCUGGUGAUGCUGCUCCAGGGCUCGUGUCCCAGUGUCGAUCAGCUUGUGAAGUAUCCAGCGGCAUUCAAGCUCAGUCCUAGCUUGAUAAAACUCACUCAGGCCCUUUGGCUGCUGGAUCACGAGGAUUACCACGGCUUCUUGGAGAUAAUGACAGGACAAUUGGUCUGCGAUUCAGACGUCAAGGACUGGCACCACAAAUUGGUGAUAAGAACUCUGAUCAGAAGUGCACAGAACAAACUAGCCCUCAUUUAUCUCAGAGUGAGAAAGCCUCCACUGUCUUCUCUCGAUGAACAGGGAACUGUCAUCAGUCUCUCGGUGGAGCAUGGACUGGUGCAAUCGGCUUUUCAUCGAAGGCCACCAUCCCACUACAGCCAGUUGUUGAGGAGAUUCUUCAAGGCUUGCAAGGACAAUAAUCGUCUCAACGAUAUCCUCCACCUCGCCAUGGACUCCGAGGAGGAGGAGACUUUUGUUCAGUUUCUUGAAGGGGAGAAGUGCGAGGAGACGAGACUGCUUUACUACCUCCAGAAGUCCAGGUACAACGAGGCUGGGGGUGUCUCCCUGGGGCAGAGAGCAACGUCAUCCAAGAAUUCCUCGUCCUCUGCUGUUUUCAAUGCCUAUAAUGCAACUCUUCCCGAAAUUACCAGGAGAUUUACUUCGCAAUUUGGGAGGAGAAAUGUUCAGGUGGAGCCUGAGGGCAAUUAUCCCAGGCCUUUGUCACAUAUAAAGAGCAGAUCGAGGAUCGGGGAGAUGCACGAGGCUGUCAUCAGGAAGGCCAGGGAGACGUUCACCAGGGGGGAUAGACUCCAGAUUCCUUUUAUCACAGCUCCUUCGUUGUCGCUGAGGGCUGGUGCCACCACGAGUGAUGGAAAUUGCGUCAUGUUUGCUGAGAGGAGGCCAUAUGGGAAACGAACUCUUGAUCAGAUGAGGGCGGAGGAUCCUGAGGGGAGCGGCGGCCCCAGGAAGAGGAGGAGGACUGAGGAGAUGGCUGAGGACACUAGGCAGCUCAGCAUCAGCAUGGUGUUUGAUACGCCCUUGGUCAAGAGGAAGAACCAGAUGAAUUGCAGGGACAAUGGUGCUGAGACUCCUCACUCCAUUCUCAAGAUCAGGAGGAUGAUUCAGGAGUCCAUUUCACCGAAGGAAUCGCCCACUGAGGAGGAGAGGGAGAAGAGACCUAGGCAGAUUAGGUUCAGUAUUAAUCAACCGAGACUGGAGGACUCUUCUGUUGAUGAAGAUGGCGGUGGUGGUGAGGGAGACCACCGACCAGAAGAAGAUGAGCAAAAAAUCGCUGACAAUUCAAAUCCCGAAGAGAGUGAUGGCUUCCAGAGUCCCGAAACGAGUGGUCAGAAUCUGGGACAGAGUACAAUUCUCUCCAACGACUCAAAUCUGUCGCUCCCCCUUCCAGGACCCCGACGUCGCCCCAGUCUGAGAAAAACCCUGGACGAUGACCUCCUGAGGAAGUCCUUGAGACAUUCAGUGCUGACAAGAGACUCAUCCCUGGAUUCCGACAGGCUCUCCCUGGAUAAUUCAGUGUCUUCUGAUAUUGUUUCCAGUACAUUGUUGCAGCCAGCCACCCCCAGGGUGUCCAAUCGCUUCGACCCAUCGGUCUGUGCGUCAACAGUGCUGUCCCCUGGGUCCAGUUACGAGUUUUCCCCAGGGGAAAUCAAGAAGAAUGGCACAACUUGCUCGAUCAACUCGACCGAGUCCUUGAAGGACUCCUCUGGGCUCGAGGAGGGAGAGAUUGACGAUAUUGACGACGAGGGGAGUAUCGUCGAGGAGAUUGUCACGACAACGUCGAUAACUACAACAACAAUUGUUCGAGAGGAAUUUUCCGUUGAGCGAACUGAUCUGAAUGACAAUACAGAGAACGAAUCCAAUUUCGAAGUGGACGAGAAGAGUUAUCACUCAAUGGAGGUUGAAGAGAGGAUUGUCAUCACAGAGCCAUCACGAAAUGAUGCUGACACCUCAACUGAUGGCCAGGCACAAUCAGAGGAGGAGAAAACUCCAGGUGAAGUCCAGGAGGAUCAGGAGCAGUUGCCAUCGGACGACUAUGACGAGGAACUCCUAGCCCUGAAGUACGAGGAUGACGACGACAACGACGACGUCUUCAAGAGUCUCUCGAACUCGAUUGAAGUCAAUCGAGAACUAACUCCAGGGCCCGAUGUUCCUGAAGGCGCCAAGAAGACAGUGACAAGUCGUUUCAAUGAAGAAUUCAACAUCACUGAUGACGAGUCGAGGAGUGUUGAUGAGAGUCUCUUUACGAGGAAGAAAAUCCAGGAUGAAGGGGCUUCGGGGAUAGUGAGGCCUGAGUCUGUGAACAUAACUGAUGACGAGAGUGAACCUGAGGAUGUUGGGGGUUCAGGGAGUGAUGGAAAGUUAAAUGAAAGACGUACAAAUGAGGAUUGCUCUGGUGUUAUCAAUAAAUCCUCAACUGAAUGCCUAAAAGUCCAGGAUAAAAUCCAGGAGGAUGUACUUGAAGAAGAUUUUGCCCCUAAAUCCUCAGCUGAAUCUCCAAAAACCCGAGUGGAUUCAUCGGAAAAAGUCCAGGAAGCAGUGCUUGAAGAAGAUUUCGUUCCUAAAUCUUCAGCUGAAUCACCAAAAACCCGAGUGGAUUCAUCGGAAAAAAUCCAGGAAGCAGUACUUGAAGAGGAUUUCGUUCCUAAAUCUUCAGUUGAAUCACCAAAAACCUGGGAGAAAUCCCAGGAAGAACUUGUUGAAGACUCGACACCAGUGAGACUGACGAGAUCACGAAGAGGAUCAUCGGUGGCUGCGGAGACCCCUGAGGCUCUGAAAACCCCGAGGACACGUCGUGCAACCUCCCUAGUUCAGGAUGUUCCAUACCCGAAGACAUCAGCAUCGUCAUCAGGGGAAUCUCCUGUGACCCCAGUGAAACGAAGAGGAAGACGAGCCACGUCUCUAGUUAAAGAAGUGUUAACGUCAUCGUUGCUUGCUUCCCCGGCCCUUGGGGACGUCCAGGAGGUGCCAAUGAGGAGAUCUCGGAGGAAAGAACCUGAAGUGAAGACAGGAUCAACUCCGGGGACUAUUGAAGAAAUUCCUGAGGAGGCUGAACCUGUGAGGAAGGGGAGGGGCAGGCGAGGGGCUUCUGUUGUUCAGGAUGUGACUCCCAGGAUGACUCGAGGGGCAUCAGUAGGACAGGAUGAUGAUUCUCCAGCUGGUGAGGCUGUUGUUGAAGAAGGGACUCCCAGGACAACAUCAACUCCAGAGACUAUUGAAGAAAUUCCUGAGGAGGCUGAACCUGUGAAGAAAGGGAGAGGAAGACGAGGGGCAUCUGUUGCUAAGGAUGGCAUUCCCAGGAUGACUCGAGGGGCAUCAGUUGUACAGGAUGAUGAAUCUCAAGCUGGUGAGGAUGCUGAAGAAGCUGGAGAGGAGCCUGAGCCUGUGAGGAAGGGGAGAGGCAGGCGAGGGGCUUCUGUUGUUCAGGAUGUGACUCCCAGGAUGACUCGAGGGGCAUCAGUAGGACAGGAUGAUGAUUCUCCAGCUGGUGAGGCUGUUGUUGAAGAAGGGACUCCCAGGACAACAUCAACUCCAGAGACUAUUGAAGAAAUUCCUGAGGAGGCUGAACCUGUGAAGAAAGGGAGAGGAAGACGAGGGGCAUCUGUUGCUAAGGAUGGCAUUCCCAGGAUGACUCGAGGGGCAUCAGUUGCACAGGAUGAUGAAUCUCAAGCUGGUGAGGAUGCUGAAGAAGCUGGAGAGGAGCCGGAACCUGUGAAGAAAGGAAGAGGAAGGCGAGGGGCUUCUGUUGUUAAAGAAGAGACACCCAGGACAACAUCAACUCCAGAGACUAUUGAAGAAAUUCCUGAGGAGGUUGAACCUGUGAAGAAAGGGAGAGGAAGACGAGGGGCGUCAGUAGCAAAGGAUAAUGAUGCUCCAGCUGGUGAGACUGCUGAAGAAGCUGGUGAAGAGUCUGAACCUGUGAAGAAAGUGAGAGGAAGACGAGGGACUUCUGUUGUUAAAGAAGAGACACCCAGGACAACAUCAACUCCAGAGACUAUUGAAGAAAUUCCUGAGGAGGUUGAACCUGUGAAGAAAGGGAGAGGAAGACGAGGGGCGUCAGUAGCAAAGGAUAAUGAUGCUCCAGCUGGUGAGACUGCUGAAGAAGCUGGUGAAGAGUCUGAACCUGUGAAGAAAGUGAGAGGAAGACGAGGGACUUCUGUUGUUAAAGAAGAGACACCCAGGACAACAUCAACUCCAGAGACUAUUGAAGAAAUUCCUGAGGAGGCUGAACCUGUGAGGAAAGGGAGAGGAAGACGAGGGGCUUCUGUUGCUAAGGAAGGGACUCCCAGAAUGACUCGAGGGGCAUCAUCAGCGCAGGAAGAUGAAUCUCCAGCUGGUGAGACUGUUGAAGAAGCUGGUGAGGAGGCUGAACCUGUGAAGAAAGGGAGAGGAAAACGAGGGGCAUCUGUCGCUAAAGACGUCAACGUCACUGCUAAAAAUACUCCAGACGAAUCUUCAUCGCUUCGAGAGGAUGAGAAGCCUCUGGGGAUGAGAGUAAAACGAACUCGUGGGGGUUCAGUAGCUAAAGAGGCAGAAGAGCCUUCAUUACCCCCGAGAAGAACGAGAGCCGCGUCAGUAACCACUGAGGAAGACCCCAAGAGGCCGAAACGAGGAAGAACAGCUUCAUCAUCUUCGGAACUUAACGAAGAAAUAGCGGAGAAGAGCAGAAAGACUCGUGCUGCGUCGUAUUCCGAUGUGAAAGAUCAUGAGGAGAGAGUAAAACCGAAGCGAGGGAGAGCUGCAUCAACUUCGGAAUUGAAUGAAGAGACAGUGGAGAGACCGAGGAGGACUAGGGCAGGAUCAGUGGCCUCGGAGGUACCAGAGGAGAGUGCGAAGAGGGCAAUGAGAGGUGCUUCAGUGGCUAAAGACCUUGAUGGGGGAAAGAACACGAGGUCCAAGAGGACUAGAACAGCAUCAGCUUCUUCGGGGGGUGAGGACGACGUCAAGGAGGAGGAGGAGGUGAAGAGGACGAGGCGAGGGGCUUCACUUGUCAAGGAGGAGGAGGUGGGGGGCAAGAGGACACGUGGGGGAUCUGUCACGAGGGAUUCUGAUGAUGUUGACACCUCGAUUCUGCCCAGAAGAGCACGAGGGGCCUCUGUCAGCAAGGAUGAGGAUGAGGAGAAAGUUUCGGUUCGUUCGACUAGACGAAGAGGAUUAGCUCCCAAGGAACUUCCUAGUGAACCUCUGAGGACUAGGCGAGGGGGGAGCAUUGUCAGGGAGGUGAUCCCUGAGGAGAACAGUGAUGAGUCGGUUAAUGAGACUCUUGGUGGGGUUGAGAGGAUGAGGGGGAGGAUUCAGGCCAUUCCGGAGGAGGAAGAGGUCGGUGGGGCUGGGAGGGCGAGGGCCAGGGGGAGGAGGGCCAUGAGUGUGGAUUUGUCGCAGGAGGGUGUGGGUGGGGCGAGGGGUGGAGGGAGGAGGAGGGCUGCCUCCGAGACGAAGGACCUCGAGGAUGAGGAAAUUGUGGAGAGACCGAGGAGGGGCCGGAGGGGGAGGGAGGAGGAAUUUCGGUUUGCUGAUCCUGAGGAGGCGAGGGGCAUGCAGCAGAGAUGUGAAGUUUCAGAUCAAGUGCCAGAUUUCAUCUUCUCGCCACCGGUGAUACGGUCCAGGGAUAAUAUUCAGGAUCGUAGGGAAAUAGUCAAUUUCAUUCCUCCACUCACUGAGGAAGAGAAGAAAAUCGCUCCAGUGAAAUCGAGAAUGAGUAGAAACGAGGAUGCCAAGCAGGUCACCAGACUGUCACACGUGCCUGGUUAUCGCACCAAAUUUGUACUACCUAAAUGGUCCCAAGGUACUUCCAAGUAAAUAAAUUAAAUUCCCAGAAAAAAAAAUGUUGAUAGUGUUUCGAUGAAACUGUUGGUGCUGACAACAUUAAAAACCUGGUGAACAAACCUGGUGAACUUUCGUCUAUUCCAUCUUCGUAAUCACAAGUGCAUUAUUCCAAGGGAGAUAGAAUUCUCUGCGCUCCGACUGAAAGACUAGCUAGGAAAAAAAUUAUACCAAUGGGUCAUUCCUGCAAUCUGAUAAUUAUUUUUCCUCGACGAUUGCUGUGCACAAUGUCCCCUGCCCUUGAAACAAUUUUUUUUUAAUGUACAAAUGUGGAAACGAUUUUUCUUCAGUUCAUCUUCCGUUCUAGACUUAGAGUAAUUUUUUUCUUCAUUAAUUAAUGAUAUCGUUACCGUUUAAUUAGUAAUUCAGUUUCCCAUUAUCAUUGUGUUUGAAAUGUGAAAAGGUUUUUUCUCUUGAGAUUUCUUGAAUUUUCAUCUACGUGGGAAGAGUGAAAAUUCAGAAUAUUUUUUAUGAUUCAAGCAUGUGUUUCGUUCUGUUUGUUUUUUUUCGUUUAUUAUUCGGAGAAAGUAAAACCUUGUAACAUACAGUUGUAAAUAAUUUAUUGAUAUGCUCAUGUAUAGCUAUAA